AGAAGUAAUCAAACGAUUGACUCAGUUGACAAUGCCGAUCAUCACAAAAAGAUUAAAUUAUCAACAUCCGAUCAAGUAAAUACAUAUUCCUUGUCUGAUUUGACUCGGGAUGAAUGGACUGUGAUUAUUCAAUAUUUACCCACCGGAGGAGUGUUAAUGUUGGCCAUGACUUGCAAAGAUAAUUAUGAAUGGACAAUGGAAUAUAUUAAAAACGUUAUUUGCAAGUAUUAUGUGAAAGAACAUCCUAAAAAGUAUUCCAGAAACGUAACAAUCAAAGAAUGGUCAAUAGUGAAUGCAUUGAGACAAAUGGAAAGGCUUUGGGUGGGAAAUUUGAAUUUGGAUCCAAUUACAGAGAUUCUAAAAGAAAUAGCAAAAAGAAAUGGAUCAAUUAAAGAGUUGUCAAGCUUUCUCAAAUUAGAUUAUGAUUAUGAAUCUGUAUUUGAAUUAUUGAAUAUAAGAAAAGAAAGCCCAACUCCAGUUCAAGUCGAAACUCUUAGUGUCAAACUACCAGAUACAAAUAUAGGAAGACAUAUUUAUGAGGCAUUGGAGAGUCAAAAAUUUAUCAACACUAUUGAAUCAGAACUAAUUGGUUAUGGAUUGAAGGCUGCAGAAAUUGAAAUGACAUUAACCAGAUCUAAAUUUUUCAAAAUUCUAACAAAAUUGAAAGAUAUAGAGAUUUUGCACCUCAACAUUGAUCAGGAAUACGAAUACACAAUGGGUGGUAUGGGUGGAAGGGGAAAAGGAGGAAUUCGUAGGCCUAUUAUUGAUAAAAUUAAUGAUGAUGGAAAGGAAGCAUUUGACGAAACUUUUGCCUACAUACCUAUAUUUUACAAUCUAAAGACAUUAAGAAUAGACAAGUACUUUGAUGAAAAUACUGACUAUAUUUUUGAGAUACUUGGAUUGUUUCCUAACCUGGAACAUUUCCAUUUGAUUACUUCUACAGCUAUUGACGAUGAUCACUUAGAAUUAAUUUGCAAAUUCUGUCCAAAAUUGAAAACUCUUGAUAUUGCUGACGAUAAUGAGGCAUUAAGCAUCACAGAUGAAGGUCUGUUAAAAUUCUUAGAAAAACAAACAAGCAUUGAAAUAAUAGAUUUAGAACCUAUGCCAUAUAUUACUGGUGCUGUAUUGAAAAAACUUGGAGACUUCCCAACAUUGAAAAAGUUUGCAGUACAACGAACUGUUUGGUGUGAGGGUGGAUACGAAGUGCAAGACAACGAUGUCUAUUUUGGAGGAAAUCCAAAUCCAAAAUUGGAAUAUAUAGAUAUUGGUUCUGGGUAUACUUUUAAUGAGGAACAAUACGAAAAAUUAUUUACCUCUUUGAAAACUGUUGCACCAAAUUUAAAAAGCUUUGGACAAUUUGGAGAAUUAGAAUCCAAAAAGAUUGUAGAAUUAUAUAUCAACACUUUGGAAGAAUUGGAAAUCAAUUUAGGCACAUUCGAUUUAAUUCAAUCAUGUACCAAUUUGAAAAAAGUAAUAUUGGAUAGUGUAUUGGAUAAACAAGACAAGAUUGUAUGUAACUUGAAUGUAACUGAACUGGUUGAUUAUUGUUACAGUCAUGAAAUGUAUCCAAUUCUCACAGAAUCAUUUCCCAACUUGAAAGUUAUUGAAGGCGCUCAUUUCGGUCUCUUCAAUUUUUUACUAGAAAACAUUAAUUGCUGGCCACAACUUGAAUUUCUAAAUGUACAAACUGAGCCUAAAUUCGAACUAUUAGAAACUCUAAUGUCUCAAAGGCCAAAGCUUGCUAUUGUAAUAGAGGAAGAUAUGCCAUUGUCACCACAAGCAUUCUACUAUCAAUGGUUGGUCAGGGAUUGUCUAAAAAAGAGAUAG